AUGUCAUUCGACGACACAACAGCGUUCGUGCAGCCCACGGUCUCCAUUGCCCGGUCGGCUGAAAACAAUCGCCAGGGUCGUUUGCUGUGUGACCAAAAAUCGCGCCAUAACAACAACCACAACAAGAUAGACAGCGCUUGCAACACAAACAACAAAGUGAUGCCGCCGACAACACAACAACAACAGGCGGAUGUCUUUUUUGAUGGACGAACCACCUUUGCCCUCGUGGGCGGCCAAUCGCUCUUGAUUCUGGGAAGCAUUGCCGUGGCAGCCUUGGUGGGCACUCCUCGCUUUGGGCUGGGACCGGGAUUCGACCUCAGUUGGUCUGCCGUCGGCACCGGUGUCUUGCUGACACUGCCACUGGGAAUUCUGGCGGCUCUGUUGGAUUUGGUCGAAAAACGAUUCCAAGCCCUCAAGGAUGUCACCAAAGCCACACAACGGAGUGUUCUGGCAUUGUUGGGAGGUGAAUUCAAACCAGUCAUUGCCUUGAUCACAUCGUUGGCAUUGGGAUGUGUCGCUGGACUCGGUGAAGAAAUGCUCUUUCGAGGGGUUUUGCAAUUUGAACUGUCGGCACGAUUUGGGGAAGUCCUUGCCAUUGGCUUGUCCUCGGUCAUUUUUGGGCUCUUGCAUGCCGUGACACCCUCUAUGCCAUUCUGGCAACUUUAG